UAUCUGCUUUCAUUCCACUUCAUCCCUCUAUAUAUUUCACGUCUCAAGUUCUUACGCGAUCUAAAGUUUUCCCUUGCAAAAUGGGUUACGAGAACGAUCCGUAUCGCGAUGAAGAUGGUGAACCGUUGAUGGAUUAUGACGACGGAUUUCAAUCCGAUCAUGGUGAUGAUAACAACAAUCAACAACAGCAUCUUCUUGAUGACAAUCUCGAUGAUGAAUUGGAAGAUAAUGAUUGGCAGAGUAGUAGGCAAGAAAGGUCACCGACGCCGGUUUUCAACGAAUCUGAUUCGAAGUCGAAGCCUCGUAAAAGGUUAAUCAAGAAGAGCACGGCGGAGGAGACCUUGCCGGAUUUUGGGAUUAGUGAUGACGUGGAGGAUGAAAUGGCGGCUUUCGUCAGGGAUGAUUCGGAUAGUGGCGGUGGGAAGAGGAAGAAGUUCUCCAGUGGCGGUGGGAGUAGUAAGAAGAGGGAGAAGAAGUCGAGUUCUUCCAAGUUUAUGGAUAGGGGAGGGAGAGCAAGCGAGAAAGGUGGGUCGAAAUUUAAGGUGAAUAGGAGUGGGCGUUCUGGUGGGGAUGAUGCAGAAGUGAAGGAGAUGUGGGAUACAAUUGCUGGCGACGAUUCAGAGGAUGACAAAGAGGUUCCAAGGAUGGCAGAUGAUGAUCAGUUCAUAGAUGAUAGCGGUGUCGAUCCAGCUGAUCGUUAUGGAAGUGACCAUGGAGGUUAUUCUCCCAGUCGUGCUCCCCAGGCUGAGGAGGGUGAAGAAGAUGAUGAAAUGAAGGACCUUUUCAAGAUGGGUAAGAAGAAGAAGAAGAGUGAGAAAAGUGCUGCAGAGAUUGCAUUACUUGUUGAAAAUGUCAUGGCUGAACUUGAAGUUGUAGCAGAAGAAGAUGCAGAUCUCAACAGGCAAUCAAAACCAGCUAUUAAUAAACUCAGGAAGCUACCUCUUCUAACUGAAGUACUAUCCAAGAAACAACUUCAACUAGAGUUCCUGGAUCAUGGAGUUCUAACACUUUUGAAAAAUUGGCUUGAGCCCCUCCCAGAUGGAAGCUUGCCCAAUAUAAACAUCCGUGCAGCAAUCUUGAAGAUCCUGACUGAGUUUCCGAUUGAUUUAGAUCAAUAUGAUAGAAGGGAGCAAUUAAAGAAGAGUGGACUUGGAAAGGUCAUUAUGUUCUUGUCAAAGUCUGAUGAAGAGACCACAUCCAAUAGAAAGCUUGCUAAAGAUUUGGUUGACAAAUGGAGUCGCCCAAUAUUCAAUAAGAGCACAAGAUUUGAGGACAUGCGGAACUAUGAGGAUGAGAGGAUUCCCAUCCGUCGACCAUCAAUGAAAAACAGGCCUAUGAAUAAAGCUUCAGGGAUGCAGUCUAGAGAUGAUGAUCUGGAUUUGGCUGAAUAUUCUCAGGAACAAAAGUCAGGAAAUUCUUCUUCUAGACUACAUGCAUCAAGGCCUGAAGCAAUGCCACUAGAUUUUGUGGUGCGUCCGCAAUCUAAGAUCGACCCAGAUGAAAUUAGAGCGCGAGCUAAACAAGUUGUGCAAGAUCAGCGUCGAUUGAAGAUGAACAAGAGGUUGCAGCAAUUAAAAGCACCUAAAAAGAAGCAGCUUCAAGCUACGAAGCUUAGUGUGGAGGGUCGAGGAAUGGUUAAGUACUUGUAGACCAGAAUGAAGGCAGAGUAAAUUGUUGGUUGGAUCAUGGAUGUAAAGUGGUUGAUGAUUUAUAUGAUGAGUCAAUCUGAUAUCAGUUUUCUCAGGCACAAGUCCUCAAAAUCAUCUUCUUUUGCAAUAUUUUCUUGUAUUUUUUAUGUUAAAAUUAUGCAAUUUAAAUGGACUUUUGGGUGGAUAGACUUCCUAUAUUUUCAA